AUGGCUGGCGAGCAUACCGAUUGGAAGCAUGAUACCCGUCCCCUCGUCCCCGUUGCUCCCAACUUAAGCAUGCAUAAGACGCUUAGGUAUGUAGCUCGCAGCAUGGAAACGCAGUCACCUCACGUCUCCGAUGGACCUGAGGUUCAGGAUCCCUCCCCAACAUCAACAGUGACUUGGUUCAUUGGGCUCAGCGAGGUGGGCAUAAGGUUGAGUUCCCCCGCUGCCGGCAACUUGCGCAACCUUAACUUGACAUCGGACUUUCUUGCUGGGAACUAGGUCAUCUUGCUGGGAACUAGGUCAGGUUCGUGACAGCUGUUCAUUCAAUUGGGGGUUUGUUCCGCCAAUGGCAAGCAAGACAACAAGUGAGUGCAGCUGUUGUUGUAGAAGGCGGUGAGAGCUCCGGAAGAGAAUCGCGAAGAGAGAAGAACAGUGAGCCCAUGACGAGCGUUUUUUGGUGCCUUCGAUGCAACUACAGGUAGCUGAGCCUGCAAUUGAUAGUGCUGAGUCAAGUUUACCUAUUUACAGCAGAUCGUAUAUGUCAAGCGGAGGAGAAAAAAAGCACGAAGCACUUCUUCCAACUGAAGGCUGUUUCACAUCCGGCCCCGGCCCCCCACCAUCCACCACUCAGAAUCAAAUCGACGCCGAGUGCAUUUCCAGCCCACUUUCCUCUAUUCCCGUUACGCCUUCCACCCAUCUCGCCUGGAGCUGGGCUGAGUUGUC